ACACACAUAAAUUAAUGCAUUAUGACAUUAUUUUUGUUGCAAUAGAAUAUCGAGUGCCUUGAAAUGAUGUAUCAAUUUGACGCAUUUACAGACAGUUUUUCAUUGGUGGCGUCUGAAAGGUUUAGAGAACAUGGAAAUAUUUCACCCUGUUUCUGUACAACACAACAAUACGAAUAGAACCAAUGCAGUGAUAAAGUUGGCUAAUGAACAAAAGUUAUUUGCAGUCAAAAUGUUAUGAACAGCACAUAUUUAAGACUUGGCAACUACUGAAGCUUGCAAUUAUGCACUACCAAGAACAAAAAUCCACAGAAGUUCACAUGCCCUUUUGCUUUAAACACUGUGCUUCACAGAAGGAGGGAGCUUGCAUUAUGUAUAGUUCAGUAGAAAAGUUUUUGAAGUGCUUUAUAAAGAAUAGAACUGCACGCUGAAAAGAAGUUAGUUGGACGGCUUGAUGGGAAAAAACAUUUUAACUUGUUUCAUUCGUUCUGAGCAUCUUACUUCACCAAGGAAGGUGUGAAAAAUAUGAUAAAAAAGUAAGCGAAAACGGCAUCUCAAUGACAGACAGUGACACAAGAAAUCAGAUUCUAUUGAGACAUUUUUUGCCCAUCUUUGAGUGCCUGUUCCUCAUGAAAGUGAGGUCGGCUGCAGCCAUUAGCGAGACAUAGCUUCAGGUAUGCUUUUUCCCAUUUCUCUUUACGAAUGCAGCUAUUGAUAUCAUAUAUCCUUAGAAAAAAUUGAAAUGCACUAUCAGCAACGUUGCUGUGUUCACGAGCUCAUCAGAAGAGAAGCUGGUGUCAUUCAAAGAUGACAAGAGAGUGACAGGAAUGGUUCAAGUGAUCACAGGAGCAACUUGUAAGCAGCACAAAGCAUGUGACUGGAAGUCUGAGAUUUCCAUUGUAGAGGCUGUAACGAAGCAUAAAAGCCUUGGCUCUUUAUUUGAGCUUAAGGUAUCAAUGGUGAGUGUCCUUCAGACGAUAUAUUUUUUGGGUACAUGUCACAUCACGCUGGUCCAACCGGCCACAUUCUCUGUGACCCAGAACAGCAGGGUGAAGUGUGCCCAACUGCACGACUGUUUGCAAAGAGCUGUGAAGGUGCAAGCUAUGCUGCAGUGGCAACGUAGCCAGCGUUUCUCGCUGGUAUCAAGACGCUUUAACCAGGACUUACGAGACUACGGGCAAUCUCGACGCCCAUGCUUUAAAUGCGUCGUCGCCGAAUCGUUCCCCAUCGGCACUAACAAUCAAAUGGAAGUGCCUCGCGGAGUAUUCAACCGAUGCUCAACAUAUUCGUUGGUGUUCACAGGCACAAUGAGUAUUUGCACAUACGUAUGCUUGGGCUUCCUGCUAUUUCACAAUAUGGCUAAUGUGAGCUCAGCAUCAAGACAGAAGAGUACCAAAACAUAUUUCUGCAGCGAUAGCUUUGGCUGCAACUUUGGAAGCAAGCAGACUUGCUUUUUCGGAAAUGGUGAACAAACCCCUGCGGUGUGCGAGCAAUGGGAAGAAGACCAUCGUGACGGGGCCUCGGAAGUCUACGAGCACUAAUUCGGUGGGCACGGGUCAUCGCUGAAGUCGUCAUCAGAAUCCAGGCAUGAGAGAAUCUUUCUCUGUUUCGCUAUCCAGUCUAGAAACAUGUUUUUACAUCAUUAUACCGAGGGGCCAUCAGGAGAUUCAUUGUGUCUUUUUAUUGUUUGAGAAACAGACUUGUGGAUAAACUGUGGUCAGCAGCGACAUUUUUGCAAUCAAUAAAGCCUAUCAGCGUAAACUUUGAUGGUCGUCACAUUCCUUAGACUUCAUAGGAAACACAAAGAA